AUGGCGUCAUUUGGCGUAGAGAUGGAAUUGCUGGUUAAGCCAAAAGACAAUCUCUUUCCUAUGCUUGUCGAAUAUGGCUAUAAGCAAAACAACAUACAGAGAAUCAACAGAAAUGUGGUGCAUGCAGUUAUCGUGAAGAAAUUUCUAGAGGAGGAAUUUCCAAUGGAAUUGGCCACUGAAGAUAGUCAGUAUAUAUGCAAUUGGCUAGUAGCAAGUGAUUCGUCGAUAAAAGAAAGCAGUGGUUUCUUUGGUGUCGAGGUCAUUACGAGAAUCCUGUAUACCAAUAAAGAUUGGGUGGAAGAGAUAAACGACUUUUGGGAGAUCCUAAAUCUCCAUUUUGAGAUCCUCGUGGAUCCAUCCUGCGGAACACACAUUCAUGUCAGGCCAGUAGAGGGUUAUACACUGGUGCAGCUAAAAUCGAUCGCCAAACUUACUACGGUUUUUCAACCGGCCAUCACGGCCCUAAUCCCUGUUUGGAGACAGAACGCUGACUGGUGUCGGCCGAAUGCCGAAAUCGUCGAGCCCAUGCAAAGAGCACAACAACAAGGCCGUAGGGCCUUAUUUGACUGGAUCGACUCAAUUCCAAGCAAAGAUAGUUUAUGGGAGGAAGUAUCCCCCAACAAAAUAGUGGCGUGGAACUUCCGAAACGCUCAAGAAAAUGGAUGUGGUACUGUUGAGUACCGCCAGCCUCCCCCAGUUGGGAGCAGAAAUGAAACGAAGCGAUGGAUUGCCAUAUCUCUAGCCCUGUUCCAGACGGGGAUAGAUCCAAACUUUGUGUAUCCCGUAGGAAACCCCACGGUUGAAAAUUUGAAAAUGGCGCUUAUCGGAAGUGCCGAACAGCUUGGGAUAUCUCAGUGGCUCACUUUCGAUGGGGCGAGCCAGCAUAGCACCCCAAUUAGGAGCUUGACAGAUGCAGAGCGCCAAUAUCUAACGACUCUUAAGAGCUAUAAACCUAGUAUUUUUGCCAAAAACCUCGAGCGACGAAGAGAUUUCUAA